AUGUCUCAACCUUCCUCCUCUCCGCGUCUCACGCCACAAUUUUGCUUCAAUCAAACCGCACUUCGAGACUUCCUCCGCAUAUCGCGCGGCACAAUCGACGACUCGAUAGCACAAAACCUCAACGCGCUCCUUACGCCUGCCCAGCGCGGCUUCGAUCCCACAUCUACAUCUACACGGCAGUUGGCAACGCCAGGGAGGUCCAUACCGCCUGAGCAAUGUGGACAGUUCAAGGAGAAGGUCUUGUUCCCCUCGUGGGCUGUGCGGUCUGAUGUGCUGGACUACUGCGCAGGCGUCGCUACAUCGCCGGACCCAUAUGACCCAGACAGUGUGAUACGGCAGAUUGAGGACUCUAAGGCGAGAGAGCGCGUGGUGGACGAGCGACUGGAUCCAUACUCAGGACGCUACUUUCCACAAGAGGCGAGAACAGAGAGCCUGGCUAUGCUGAUGAGAAAUGAGAGGGCUGUGGAGAAGAUCAUAAGGAUGAGGACAUGGAGCUUGAUCGGGGAACGGUGCACGACGAGCCAUGAGUCUGCGGACAAAGCGUUCGGCAAGUGGCGGGCGACACAGCGGCGAUGA